AUGAGGCUCGUGAAAAAUGUCGCGGGCGUCGACGGUCUCCACAUCGCGCUCGACGCCUUUGGCGAAGCCGCCGAGCGGCGCCUCUUCGAGUCUCAGCGCAUCCACGCGCCGCAGGAAUCGCACGGACCAAACAGCGAUGCGGACGGUCGACGUGCCGGUCGGUGCCACCGCCCGCUGCCCGACGACGUCGACCUGUUUCGUGUAUGCAACUUGGUCGGCGACUGCGGCCUCUAUCCCGGCUACGUCACGCCCGACUACGUAUACGCCAUCACCUACCCUCCAAAAGCCGCCUUCAACAAGCACCUGGAUUCGAGAUACCGGUGGGGAGAGACUGUGGUCGGCGUCACGCUGGGGCAGGCCGGCACAGUCUACUUUGAGCCAAACACACAGGCGAUCAAGGCUGCAGGCCCCCCCGCCGCCGCGCCGCCCGACGCCGGCGAGGCUGGCGGGGCCGACGCCUUCCGCGUGCGGAUCAAGCACUAUGACGAAUCGGGAUCGUUUGCCAUCGAGCUGGAGCUGCCCCGCCGCUCCGUGUACGUCAUGAGCGGCGAGGCGCGCACGCUGUGGAAGCACGGCAUCCGGCAACAGAAGCCUGGCUCCCUGCCACCGCCACCGCCGUGGAAUCCCUACAACAUGCGGCGCGCGCUGACGCUUCGCGCGACAAAGGCGUUCAGCGACGCAUGCCUGCAGGAGCGGCUGCGGCAGGCGACGGACGAGGCCGAGCGCGCCGCUCUCCGGCGGCGCAUCGCCGCGCAGGACAAGUUCCGGCCCCAGAGCAGCGCUGCGAGACUGAACGAUCGCGACCUCGCCGAGCUGCGAGAGGAGGGCGAGCGGAUGAGGCGGCACGUCGCGACGCAGCGGCACCGGCACGCUCGCUUCCCGCCGUCGGAGCUCCACUUCCCCCUGCCCGAGAGCGUGGCGUGCGGUGUGAGGGCGGCCGCAGACUCAUGGCCGCCGAACGGGGGCUUGCGCCUCGGCGGCGCCGCCUCGCCGCUCGGGUCCGUGGCACUCGCCAUCGAGGAGGAGGAGCUGCAGGAGGCGAUCCGCGCAUCGCUCCGUGCUGCAGGAGCGCCCGUCGCAACGGAGCCCGGCUCGAGCGCCGGCGGCGGCGGCGGCGGGGAGGGCGAUCCGAUAGAGUUGGACACGUCGGAUGAGGAAGCGCCUUUGACGGCGGCGGCGGCGGCGGCGGGAUCGGCUGCGGCUGAGACGGCUGGAACGCCAGGCCCACCCGCGGCAGCGGCGGCGGCAGCGGCGGCGGCAGGGACCAAGCGCGCGCUCGAGGCAAGACGCGCGGCUGAGGAGGACGGCGACGGGGAGGAGGAGCUUCGCCGCAUGCGCGAGGCGCGGCUGGCGCGCCUCGGAGGGGCCUGA